GUGGGGAUUGGCUCACGUUUCUCCAUCGGUUCUUGGGUGUUUGCUGCCGCCGUUCCCCGGACACCCGCUUUACUCCGCCGGUCCUGCCUCGCUCCCUCCCGCCUCGUGGUUCGGGGAGAGAGGCUGGGCCGUCGCAUCCCCGGCCCCCGACGGGACCCCGCGGAGCCGUCGCAGAGCAAGAUGAGCGCGGGCUCGGCGGCCGGGGCGCUUCUGCCCCGGCUGUGCAGCCUAGAGAAGGGCCCGAACGGCUACGGCUUCCACCUGCACGGGGAGAAGGGCAAGGUGGGCCAGUUCAUCCGGCUGGUGGAGCCCGGCUCGCCGGCCGAGAAGGCGGGGCUGCUGGCCGGGGACCGGCUGGUGGAGGUGAACGGCGAGAACGUGGAGAAGGAGACCCACCAGCAGGUGGUCAGCCGCAUCCGCGCCGCGCUCAACGCCGUGCGCCUGCUCGUGGUCGACCCGGACACGGACGGGCAGCUGAAGAAGCUCGGCGUCCCGAUCGGGGAGGAGCUGCUGCGCGCCCAGGGAGGGCCGGGGCAGGCCGAGCCGCCGGCCGCCGCGGAAGCACCGGGGGCUGGCGACGAAAAUGAGCCGCACGAGGCCGAGAAGAGGCAACCCGAGCGGCGUGAGCUUCGGCCUCGGCUUUGCACCAUGAAGAAGGGUGCCAACGGCUAUGGCUUUAAUCUGCAUAGCGAAAAGUCCAAGCCAGGUCAGUUCAUCCGAGCAGUGGAUCCAGAUUCACCAGCUGAGGCCUCUGGGCUCCGGGCUCAAGACCGCAUAGUGGAGGUGAAUGGGGUGUGCAUGGAGGGCAAGCAGCAUGGGGACGUUGUGGCUGCCAUCAAGGCCGGAGGGGACGAGGCCAAGCUGCUGGUGGUAGACAAGGAAACAGAUGAAUUCUUCAAGAAAUGCAAAGUGAUUCCGUCUCAGGAGCACCUGAAUGGCCCCUUGCCCGAGCCUUUCAUCAACGGUGAGAUACAGAAGGAGAACAGUCGUGAAGCCCUGGCUGAGGCAGCCUCAGAGAGCCCCAGGCCAACCCUAGCAAGAUCAACUUCCAGCGAUACCAGCGAGGAGCUAAAUUCCCAAGACAGCCCCAAGAAACAGGACUCUAUAGAGCCCUUAUCUACCUCCUCCUCCUCCUCCAAUGCUGUCCUGGACUUCAACAUUUCCCUGGCAGUGGCCAAAGAGAGGGCCCACCAGAAGCGCAGCAGCAAGCGGGCCCCGCAGAUGGACUGGAGCAAGAAAAAUGAACUCUUUAGCAACCUCUGAGUGCAUCCACAAGCCAGGGCUGUGCCAGCAGCCCACCCACUCUAGCUCCCUUUCCCUGCACCCAACCGCCCUCCAAUCGACAUUCAAUCAGCACCAGCAUCUCCCUUCUUGACGAAGCUGAUGGUCCUAGAAACUUUGUUCUUCCCAUACUUUAGGGAAAGUGGAUGCUUUUCCUGUCCUGUCCCAAUCCUCUGAGGGCUUUAUCCUACCAGGUAUCUACUGGCUACCCUGCCUGGGACAUCUCUAGCAUAAGCAGGGAUCAUGGGGCCAGACAAGAGGUCCCCCUCCCUCACAUUUCCACAUGACUGGGGCUGGUCAGGAAACUGAUGUCAGCAGCUACCACACAUAGUAAACAGGGUAUUCGUUAUCCUGAGAGCCAUGGCUUGGGCUUCCUUGGUUCAUUUGAUUUUUAAAAAUUUUUUAUUUUUAGUGUAGCACCACAAGCUUUAGGGGAAUUCUGUUUCCUUGAUUCUUAUGAUUUUUCUUGGUUGCUGCACCCAGAGCAUGGUAAUGGCCUCAUCCUCAAAUUUUUGUUUUCUGUUCCCAUCCUUGGAGCCCUGGACAGCAUGGGAAGGGCUUGGCUACCCCUGCCCAUCCUGAGCCAGGCACCAGCAUUGUAAGGAAAUUCCUUCAGAAAUUCAGCUGUUCCUCCAAACUGCAUUGGCCUCUGUGUCUUCCUUUGGAUCUUUGUCCUCUAUGCUUGGGGCUUUCCAGGUGGGAAAUGGUGAAUCUCAUCUUUGGUGAGAUGGCAGGGUACUACUGGUGGAUCAUUAGGGCUCCCUGACCCCAAGCCUGGCUGGCUUUAACCAGAGGUCCUGGAAUCCAGCAACAUGAGCUUAGCCUCAGGGUCAGUGUGCCCGUGACACAUGGGCUCCUGUGCAGUAGGGAUGUUUAUGGGGACCGUGGGAAGUGGGAGCUGAGACCGGUAUUCUCAGAGGGCUCAGAGAGGAAGUCUGAGUCCUAGAACAGAGCUAGUUUGGGAAUGCGAGGACUUGGCUUGACCCCUCUUGCCCCUGCCAGUGGGGUGCAGGACUCCCAGAAGGAGGCUGGGCUGGCUCCAGAUACUCUAUCUUAUCUGGCCACUGGCCUGAUUGGAGGGCUGCAGUCCAGCACUGUGGAAAACAGAUUGGUCCACUGAGCUCCCGGACAUGCUGUGUGGCAAGGUGGGAUGGAAGGACUUUGCAAGAGCUAAAUGUGCUGUUCCUCCACAAGAGGCCCAGGUCCUUUAUACCACUGGCACCCAAGGCCACAUCCUGGAGGUCUGCCAGGGAGGCCUGCCAGAAUUGAGGCUGCAGAGCCAGGAGGUCCCAGGGCACGUGCUCAAGGAGAAAGAAGGGAAAUUGGCCCCGGGCUACUUCCUGUCCACCCCACCUAGAGGGAACCACUCAGAACCAGGUUCUUGGACUGAGAGGAAGGUACCCUCAGGGAGGGAACCCAUGAAGUCCUCAGCGUUCAAAGGCCAGUCACUAUCUGGCCUUCUCAGCUUAUUAGGGUUUGGAUUCCACUAGCCUUAAAAGGGAUCAUCCAGAACCCUUAUCAUAGCACCCAUCGUCCUAUGUCAGGGUCAGCUGGGCCUGACCUGCUGUCACCCCACCCUCAUCUCUACCCUUUGACCUCUGGUGGAGCCCCCUCCCACACACACACACAGGUGGAGCAGGCAGAUUGCCCCACAGGGCUUCGAGGGGCCCCUCCCUACCUCACCUGCUGGGUGGAAAAGCCCCAGGGAACCUUUGCCUCUGACUAAUCUGGAAGCAAGGACAGCUGGCUCAGGGAACUCCUACUGCUAAGUGGCUGGAGCAGAGUGCAGAAGGAGCCAUAUAAAGCAGACUUUAAAAUUAGGCAUUUUAGACUGCAGUUUUUUGCCCCAGUCUGGUGCAAGAUGUCAGGAAGGGGCUAGGAGGUCUUGGGCAAGUCACCCUUUCUGGGGCUGUCCGCCACCUUCCCCCCCCCAAAAAAAAUGCUCUACAAGCCUCCCAAAGGCUAUUUGAAAAAUAUGCCUGGCCUUUCUUGUUGGCCACCCCUGAUGAUGACAGGACGUGGGGACAGGAGCCAAGGGGUGUCCUCCCAGGUAGAGGGGACCUGGAAACAGCUCUCCCUUACUAGAGGAUUUUGCCAGCAGCCUAUG